AAUAAAUUGCCAUGCUGCUAUCAUGCUUUGACUCAAAGAAGCAAUAAUUUUACUCAGCCUGAAAACCACUUGAAAAGCAGAGCAGUAGAUCCAUUUUCCGAUCAGUUCCUUCUCAGAUCUGGCCUCACGAGAGAUGUCAAGAAGAUCUGGUACUUGCUUGAGGUGUUGUUUGGUGAUCUUCGCUGUGGUCUCAGCUCUGUGUGUAUCUGGACCUGCCUUUUAUUGGAAAUUCAAGAAAGCUUUAAAGCUAAAGGCCUCUUGCCUUCCUUGCAAAUGCGAUUGCUCUCCUACUCUCACCCUUUUUGAUGUUGCACCUGGUUUAGUUAAUCUCUCAGUUACAGACUGCGGGAAAGAUGAUCCUGCUCUGAAAGAAGAGAUGGAGAAGCAGUUCGUGGAUUUAUUAUCGGAGGAGUUAAAGCUGCAGGAGGCCGUUGACAAGGAACAUGUAAACCGUAUGAACAUGACCUUCACAGAAGCCAAACGCCUCGCCUCUGAAUACCAGAAAGAAUCCGAGAAAUGCAAUGCUGCAACAGACACUUGUGAAGUAGGGAGAGAGCGAGCCGAGGUGUUGCUUGGCAAAGAACGGAAGUUGACAUCGAUGUGGGAGAAACGAGCUCGCCAAAUGGGAUGGUCAGUCGAAUAAACUAUAGAAACAAGCAUUGUGUUAUCAUAUCACUUCAUAUUUUCCUCGUGUAUAUUUGCAGAAUAGCAGACAAGCAAAUUUUGUCUCUGUUCUAGUGCAUCAGACCAAUUUGUUCUCUGAUGUUAAUAGAUAUGCAUUCACUAUAUGUUGUUCAAAACAAUGAGUACAAAAAUACAAUUACAACUAUAUUUAAAUUCGCCGGAUCAAACUUUCACAAA